UGUAUCCAUGGGAUUGUCUCUCGUGGUUUUCACCUCCCUGAGUAUAUAGAGAGGAACACUGUGAAUGACAUCACUCUCUUCUACUAUGACAGUAAUAUGGACUCUAAAAUGCCCCGCCCUGACUGGAUCAACAGUACCGCUGGACAAUAUUACUGGAACCAUAUGAAUCUUGGGACAGAACGCAACAGAUUUUUUCUUACCCUGGGAUUUGACUCAGCUAUUAAUCAGUUCAACACCACAGGUUCCUUGUCUGACCAAAACGUGUACCAGGCCAGUGGCUGCUGUUACCUCUAUCCAAAUGGAACCUACAGGACAUCCCUAACUCACACAUUCAAUGGAAAGGACUUCUUAAGCUUUGAUAUUGACAGAAAGACGUUCGUUGCUGCUGUUCAUCAGGCGGUAUAUUAUAAACGUCUGAGAGACAGAGAUGAAGUCGAUCUACAUGUCUUAACAAAUGUCUAUAAAACAGUGUGUCUGGAUCGAAUUAAUGUCUUCAAGCAUGCUCCUAAAGUUUGUGUCAGAAAAGUUCCAGAAGUCAGGAUCUUUGAGAAACAGAAGGCCGGCUCCAUCACAGUCACAUGUCAUGUGAUGGGGUUUUACCCCCGGGCGGUUCAGGUGGACUGGUUCGGUCCAGAUCUGCAGCCUGUAGAUGGAGGGGUCACUGAUGUCCUGCCCAAUGAGGACAGCACUUACCAGACCAGAAAGAGUGUGACAGUUCCAGAGGAGGAUGUAGGAAAACACACCUACAGCUGUGUAGUGCUUCAUAGCAGCGUAGCACACAGCAUCACCACAGUCUGGGCUGUGGAGAAACGCAACAGGUUUGCUGUUUGGACUUCUCUGGUCUGCAGUUGCUUGCUGGUUAUUGGAUUUGGUUUCUGGAGGUGCUGUAGAUGUGAUGAUGCUGUGAGCUGAACUGACGCUCUUCAGGAACUCUUUACUGCAGUUUGCUCUGGGACAGAACAGUGGAGCUUACAGAUCUGCCAUCUUUCAGUCUUCUCAAGUCUUUCCUU